UAUUGAAUCAGCACCCCAUCCCAACCGCAACCGGUCUGCUCCUCGGCGGCGGUGCACAUGUGUUUUGUAGCUUGGCGGAGUCGGAGAAGCAACAACUGCGUACCUCCCUGAUCCUGUAACGGCGCAACCUCUACCCCCGGUGACAAUGGCAGGGGGCAGUGGAGGUCAAGAUGGCUCCGUUACUUCAACACUCGUCACACCUAAAGAUGAAAAUAAGGCUAGUUGGGAGGGUGAUAAAGUUCAAAUGAAGAAACAACUAGGAUUACUAGAAGGUGUUGCUAUUAUCUUAGGAAUCAUCUUUGGUUCAGGUAUCUUUAUGACCCCUGGUGGUGUUAUAAAGGGAGCAGGAUCAGUUGGUUUCUCACUAGCAGUAUGGGCUAUGUGUGGGCUGAUGUCCAUGGUGGGUGCCUUGUGUUAUGCAGAACUUGGCACCUCUAUUCCAAAAUCUGGUGGCGAUUAUGCAUACCUUUUUGAAAUAUUUGGUCCUCUGCCUGCAUUUCUUUACCUUUGGGAUGCCAUGCUGGUCUUUGUGCCAACCACAAAUGCCAUCAUGGGCUUAACAUUUGCAAGAUAUGUUAUACAACCAUUCUUUCCUGAAUGUCAUGCUCCUGAUGCUGCCAUUAGGAUGGUUGCAGCAACUACUAUAUGCUUUUUAACUUGGAUCAACUGUCAUGGUGUCAAGUCCACUACAAAGUUGCAAAAUGUAUUUAUGUUUGCAAAAAUUGGUGCCCUUGUUAUCAUCAUCGUAGCCGGACUGAUUUACCUAAUGCUGCCUGGUGGAACGAGUAAUUUUGACAACAUGUUUGAUGGAACCAGCACUAGUGUUUCCAAAGUAUCUGUUGCAUUUUAUUCUGGCAUAUUUUCGUACUCUGGAUGGAACUAUCUCAACUUUAUGACAGAAGAACUUGUUAAUCCAUAUGUGAAUUUACCACGAGCCAUUUACAUAUCUCUUCCUGUGGUAACCCUUGCAUAUGUCCUUGCAAAUGUUGCAUAUUUAGCUGUACUUACUACUUCAGAGGCAUUAUCUUCCAAUGCCAUUGCUUUUUCUUUUGCUGAAAGAGCUCUUGGACCAGUAUCAGGAGUUAUGCCAUUCCUUGUUGCACUUUCUGCUUUUGGAGGACUCAGUGUGCACAUUAUGACUUCCUCAAGAAUGUGCUUUGUUGGGGCUCGUUAUGGGCAUUUUCCUGCUUUGUUGUCACAUAUCAACAUUCAACGGUACACACCAGUGCCAAGCUUAGUCUUUCUUUGUAUUUUAUCCCUCAUCAUGCUGUGCUCAAGUGAUGUAAAUAUGCUGAUCACUUACUCCACUUUUGUUGAAUCAUUUUUCAUAAUGUUGUCUGUCAGUGGGGUUCUGUGGCUCCGUUAUAAGCAGCCUAAUCUGGAAAGACCUAUCAAGGUCACUAUUUGGAUACCCAUAUUUUUUGUUCUUGUUUGCUUGUUUUUGCUGAUUGUGCCAGUGUUUGAAGCCCCAUGGGAAGUAUUGGUUGGUUGUCUUAUCACUAUAACUGGCAUUCCUGUAUACUUUAUUUUUAUUGCUCAAGAGAGAAAGCCAGAAGUGUUCAACAAUGCAAUGGUUUCCGUCACUCAUUUUGUACAGAAGCUCUUCUUAUCCGCAAAAGAAGAUAAAGGAGAGGAUUGAAAUUUAUGCAAUUGUUCCCAGUGCUUCCCACUGUUUCUUUUAAUUGGUCUUCAGUUUUACCCUUGACACUGAAGCCUACUUCUCAUUUUAUGACUAUGAGCUUCAGCCUUUUGUCCUCUGAAUACCUUAUUAUUCCUGCUGAGACUAUUAAGCUGUUCCUCUGCUACCCAUUUUCCUCCUCACUUUAAAACAAAAUUUUAAAAAUCGAUUUUGAUAUUUGUCACUUUGACAAUAGGUGAGGAGUUGAAUCAAAAUGCAGCAUGCAUUACCAAGAACUUGCCAUUGUUUUAUGCUUUUUCUUACAGAUAUCUCCUCUACUUCUCCUUGUGAUGUAAAUUUUUUCAUUGGAUAGCACAUUGUACUAUAUCAUCAUUUUCAUUUUAGUGUCAUUUUGUACAUACUCAAGUAUGUGCUUACUCUCACAUCAGUAUUAAAGAAAUAAGAACGCUUUACUGUUAAAAUUAAGUUGUAGGUCAUUUCCUUUUUUCUUCAAAAAGUGCCAAAGAUGUAUCUCUUCUCUUGAAUAGCAUGACUGAUAGUAUUUCCCUAUCUGUAUUAGACUUCUGCACUGGACCAUACUGGGUCCCUGAAGCAUCACAAUCUACCUGAUGAACUGUAUCGUUAAGUGAAGAAAAAAUAUUUUGAAUAACUGAAAAUUGUCUUUCUUGUCAAAUAUUUAGAGCUAGUGUUGACAAUAAAGUUCAAAUUCCAAGAAUAUUUUA